AUGCGCAAGCUCUAUUAUGCAGUGUGUACCGGUCGGUCAUUGUGCGGGUACCGGAACCUCCAUGUGGCGGCACGGCAUUACCGCACGCUCAUGCACGCCAAAAUGGCUCUGAACCAUUCCGACUGGCUCCCAUAUUAUUUCAAGUACACUACGUACUUCCGCCCUCAUCAGAAGUCGAUCAGGCCACCCCAAAGCUCAAUCUACGCCAUAGCAUCGUUCCAUAAUGUGAAGGACUCUUCUCGUCUAUUCCAUAAAUUCAUUCCAACCCACAAAUGCCCUGAUGUCCCUCCACAACACCAAAGUCACCCCGCGACUCUCCCCCCAAAUUCAGACCCUACCCUCCUAGGCAAUGAAAAGUACGAGGAACAUGUUACCGCUGCAUCGGACUUGAGACGAGAGUGGAUGACGCCGAGAAAUAGGAUCGGGUUCCUGAGAAGGCGGAUUGCGCGAUCUGCUGGAGUUAGAGUUAGAGGCGGUAUGGAUAUCGACGGCGCUCACGCCUUGGAAAUUUUCGGCGUUUGUAACAAAAAGAAGGGGGGAAGUCAUAUAUCAAAGACUUUUAAAAUUAUUGGUCGCCGCUUAGAGGAAAAGGUUGUGGUAUUGGCGGUGUUGUGCGGGACCAACAGGUUUGGCAGCGAUAUUCGCCACUCAUCCACGACUCACACGAGGACAAGAAUAGAUGCACACAUGGCACAAAAAGCACGAAGUUGUCACAAAUAUAGAGGUAAGAGGCACAAGGUUCGAAAUUCACUAGGUCCCACUCUUGAAGCACAGUACGAUGAAAUCAAUGCAACUAGAAAAUUCUGCAUACACGAGAUCAGCAAGCAACCGAGUCAUACCAACUACGCGUCCAAUUCUGCUAAGGAUGCGCCAAGAAACUGGUAUCUGACGAUGUCAGUAGUUGAAGAUGGGGAAGGAAGGAGCAGACAACUUACCUGA